AUGGAAAACAAUUCUAUUCGUUGUCAAAUGGGAGAGGAAAGCAGAGAUCAAGGAGUUUCCAGGAAAUUUUGGAUCAUUGAUUCAGCUAGAGUAAGUGGAUCCGAACAAGAAGAAUUCUCUGAAAGUCCACUCAAUGAUCAAAGGGAACAAGUCAACCAAGUUUCUGAAGUCUCCACUGCUCUUGAAAAUGUCGAAGAAUCGUUCUCUAAGACACAACCAAACAUCUAUUGGGAUUCAGACGACUCAGAGUUUCUCGAUAUGAUAGAUUGCUUGCCAGAAGAAGCUCGUUUGUCAUACUAUAAACGCAUGAAACUUCCGAGAGGCAUCAGAGAGCAACGGUUGUUAAAUCAGUCAAGAGGCCUGAAAAGAAAGAAAUCCUCACAAAACAAGGCUGGUGAGUCCAAGUGUCGAAGAAAAGAAAUUAUCUACUCUCAGAGGAAAUUCUGUCAAAGUUAUGAGGAUGAAGAAGAUCAUUCAGGGUAUGAUACUGACAGUGAAGAUGAAGAUGAUUCUGGGAAGAGCAGGUAUUCUGAAAUUGUAGAGGAAAGCAACUCUUUGCUUGAAGCACCUAAACAUGAAGCUGCCAUCACUUCGGCUGCUGCUGAUCAGGUUGGAGCCUCAGAAGAUGUUGAUGAUGAUGAAUCUGACUACCCAGAAUUCGAUUCAGACUUCGAAGUCGACGAUCCGAUGUUCUUCAGAGAUGAUGACACAAUGCCUUUACCUGAUUUUGAGCCAAUGGUGGAUAUGAAUGAAGAAAAUGACGCCGGUGAAGAUCGUCUUUACAGGCGAGAACGCGAUGAAGAUGACCUUGAUGAAGACAGCGACAAUGGAUACGAGUCAGACCAAGAGGAUGCCAGAAAAGGUUUUGCUUUAAUACCAACACAGCAAGGCAUGGCCAUCAGAUUCAAGAACUUUCAAUCAAUCGUACCAUAUCUAAACUCCUUGCUGCCAGGGCAACUUAACCAGAGCGGAGUCUUAAACUUGCACUAUCAUCCUUCAACAUAUCCAUUCACAAGAAAUGCACUCUUGAAUUUCCAAAGGAAUAUUGCUGCAGCUUUUGAUCAGCCGAUAGUUGAUGAAGUUAUAGUUAUUGACAGCGAUUCGGAAGAUGAAUCUGAUGAAGCUGUAGCUAUUGACAGCGAUUCUGAAGAUGAAACGAAUGAGGUAAUAACUAUUGAAAGUGAUUCAGAAGAUGAAUCUCAAGAAGAUGAUUUGCCUCAGCAACAAAUUGACAACAGGGAGGAUGUAUCUGCAGGAAUUGCUUCUUACGACUCAUUACCACGAUAUGACUCUGGAAACAUUGAACAUGAAGAGUUGAUCGAUGAAGCAAUUGAUGGGUCUGUUGAAAACCUGAACUCACAGGAAGUGACAUUGGAGAACCCUAUAUUAGAAGAACAGCCACAUCAUCAAUGGUAUCUUGAUAGCAGUAUUAGCCCGUUGGUGCAAAGCAGUCUUGUAAAUGAACAACCAAAUGAAGUUUUCGUAGCAGAGAAUUCGGCCUCUGAAAAUAUGCCACCUUGCUGUGAUGCAGAAUGCCAAACUGAUGAUAAUUUGGAAGAUCACGAGGAAGAAGAGUGUUACCUCUGUGAAAUAGAUCAAUAUCGAUAUUAUGGUCAGGAAGAGGUAGAACGCAGCCUUCCUGAAAGAAUCUCUUUCGAGCAACAACAUGGUAGCGCCGACCAACAACAAUUUAAUAUAAGGGGCAUGGAAACAAAUGACGUCAAGAGAAGUUGUGAAUCGCAUUCUACCCUCGAAGAAUCAGACGAACAUAGUGUUCACACUUAUGAAGAGAGAUGUAGGAUGUCAGAGAGACAGCUCACAGGCAGUCAGACAGAAGUGAUUGACUGUUCUUGUUCCAGCAACCGAUGCAGUGAAGACUGCUUCAUAGAUCAAUGCAGUGAUGUCGACUUUCCACUGUUUCAGCAAUUUCGAUGAAAUUGAAAGAGUCUUAAUGACAUCAUUUCAAAAAUUAUGACGAGAAAUCAGAUAUAAACGAGCUUUCAAACUUUAGGAUAUAAAAUAUAAACUCUCUUUCUAGUUACAAUAUGGCACAGCAAGGUUAACGAUAAAAGAUAUUUUACUAUUUCAAAAUACAGCUGUAGCAGCUUGUCUUCUAUAUCAGAUAUGUACAGUUGACAAAGUGGUUGUAAUCAAUUGAGUAAAAUUACGAAGGUUCAGAUUGCCUUUGAAUUAUAUUCAGUCAAGUUUUGUAGAAUUGUAAAAAAUAAUUGAAUUAAUCGUGAAUUAUAU